CCGCCGCUGGCGGAAAGCGAAGAGACAACGCUGCUCCCAUUCGUUCUCUCGGAACCGAUCUCCUCUGCGCCAUCUUCUCCCUCCUCGAUCACGUGCACCUCAUCCGCUGCUCCAUCGUCUGCAAAUCAUGGAAUGAUGCAAUUUUCUCCUCUACUCUGAUGAGGGAUCUGUAUUACGCGAGGGUAAACCUUAAUGCUUCGGUUCCUUCGCAGACGUCGAUGAAGAGUUUUCUUGAGUAUACAGCGAUGGAGCAGCAUAGGUUGGGGUUUCUAGCUUCUUCUGCUCAAAUUCGUCAAUGGAAUGCUCAUUCGUGCCAGGAUUAAUGUAUGUCGUAUGAAGCGAGGAUUAAUACUCACAGGAGCAGAGGAUAAAGUACUGCGGCUAUGGUCAGCAGAAAGUUACAACAGCUUGGAUGAGUAUGCUGUACCGGACAUGAAUCCGUUAGUAGAUUAUGAUUUUGAUGAGGGCAAGAUUGUAGGUCUUUCUAGUGGUCGAAUGUGCAUAUUGAGACGUAAUGGGAAAAGAAGCAUAUUACAAUUUUGUGAAGCCAGCUCAACACGUGGUUUGUGCAUGCGCUAUAUUGAUCCAGAAGCUGUGGUUGGUUGCGAUGACGGCAGAGCCCGUGUAUUGGAUAUGUAUACUGGGAGAUGCUCAAGGAUAAUCAGGAUGCAUGGUGGGCCACUUACUUGCAUUGAUUUAACUGAAGACCAAUUGAUUUUUGGAGGCUCCACAUUUGGAACUGUUUCUGUUGCGGACCUUUCAACUGGUGAACUACUAGCAUCACUAAAAUCGUCAUGUUCUCCUACAGGUAUCAAGAGUUUGCACUUUAAUAUGCAUUCUCAUUUACUGUUUGCUGGAUCAACUGCUGGUUAUGCUCACUGUUGGGAUCUUAGGACUUUAAGACCACUCUGGGAGACGAGAGUGAGUCCAAACGUCAUCUACUCUGUUCAUCAUCUACUAGGUGAUACAUCAACAUUGGCUCUUGGUGGACUUGAUGGUAUACUUCGUCUUGUGGAUCAAAACACUGGUGAGUUUCUUUCAAGCGUCUUGAUGGAUUCAACAUCAUCAGGUUCCUCGACAACAAGUUCAAAGGCCAUUGAGACUAAAAGAGCUAGAUCUUUGGGAGAAGGUGUUCAUGUCGAUAGCAUUCCAAGAAGUCUGCGUCCUCCUAUCACUUGUCUUGCUGUGGGGCUAAACAAGAUUGUCACCACUCAUAAUGAGAAGUACAUUAAAAUGUGGAGAUUUGACAAAUAAGGAGAGCGUUCUCCUCCUGAGUUGGGUACAUUGCCUCGAGGAAUUGUCGUCUUAAGUUGGUUCUCUUCGUGAGCAGUGUAUUUUGUACCUUACCAGAUUUGUUACAUUGCCGAAAACAUCUUAGGCGGUGUAUUUUGUACCUCAUUAGAUUUGUUAGAUCUCGGAUAAUGUUAUACUUGAUAACUUGAGCCUUUUGGUUCCGUUUUAAUCGGCGUCAAACGCUUGAUGCAUUGUUGAGUUGGAA